AUGCCGGUCUGUAAAACCUCGCCUAUUUCAGCCAAAAUGAAGACAAGUUGUAAUAAUGCAGCUCUUUGUCUUUCAGAUUUCAGGUACUCAGACUCCACCUUUACCUUCACCUACAUUGGAGGCUCCAAAAGUGUGUCCUAUUCAGUGCACGUCUCUGAGGAUUACCCAGAUAACACUUAUGUUUCCAGUUCUGAUAACGAUGAAGAUGUGUUAGUUACAACAGAGCCAAUUCCAGUAAUUUUCCAUCAAAUCGCUACAGAAUUAAGAAAAACCAGUGAUGUCAACUGUUCCUUGUCCAUAAAAUCAAAAUUACAGAGGGAGAAUGGAGAGGAGUCACGGCACAACAGCACAGUUGAAGAAGACUCUGAAGGAGAUAAUGACUCUGAGGAAUUUUAUUAUGGAGGACAGGUUAGCUAUGAUGGAGAACUUCACAAGCACCCACAGCUGGAGGCUGAUUUGACAGCAGUGAGAGAGAUCUAUGGACCUAAUGCAGUAUCUCUCAGGGAAUAUGGAGCCAUUGAUGAUGUAGAUAUUGAUCUGCAUAUUGAUGUUAGCUUUCUUGAUGAAGAGAUUGCUGUGGCUUGGGAUGUAAUUCGCACAGAGCCUAUAAUAGUGCGAUUGCACUGUUCGCUUACACAAUACUUAAACGGUCCAGUGCCAACUGUGGAUGUAUUUCAAAUCUCUACUAAGGAAAGAUUUGGGCUGGGACAUCAGCUGAAAAAAAUCAUGCAGACAUUUGUUACACAACAGUGGAAGAACAGCAAAGAGAAAUCUAAUUGUACGCACAAUAAGAAAGUGUCUGACAAAAAGGUGAAAUCCCCUCUGCACAUCUUUUCUACGUUGCGCAGGUCGCCAAGUUAUCCUCCACCUGGCUGUGGUAAAAAUAAAUCAAAACUGAAGUCAGAACAGGAUGGCAUCUCCAAAACUCACAAGCUACUAAGAAGGACUUGCUCUAGCACAGUGAAGGCGGAGGAUAUGUGUGCCACAAAAUCUCACAGAACCUUUGGCCGCUCGUUGUCGAGUGACCCAAGGGCUGAACAGACAAUGGCUAUUAAAUCGCACAAACUGUUGAACCGUUCUUGCUCUGCAGCUGUCAAACAGGAGGAGUGCAUCACUUUAAAGCCCCAUAAGCUGUUAAGUAGGUCGUGUUCUGGGGACCCUCGAUGUGAGCACAACAGCACCUUGAAGCCCCACAAACUUUUAAGCAGGUCCUACUCCAGUAAUAUUAGAAUGGAAGAAUUGAAUGGAUUGAAGAAUCACAAGUUACUCAGCAAGACUUACUCCAAUGCCCCUAAAUCAUACAAAAUGGAGCCUUUCAAGGAGUCCACCAUAGCAGAGGGCAGGAGUCUCUCUCUUACCUCAGGGCUUAUUGGUAUCUUAACACCAUCUUCAUCAUCACCUUCACAAGCUGCUCAAAACUAUGGUGCAAAAUGCAUUCCGGUACGAGACCGAGGCUUUCUUGUGCAGACUAUUGAGUUUGCUGAGCAGCGGAUACCAGUAUUGAAUGAAUACUGUGUAGUUUGUGACGAACCCCAUGUGUUCCAGAAUGGCCCUAUGCUGAGGCCCACUGUUUGUGAACGGGAGCUCUGCGUAUUUGCUUUCCAAACAUUAGGAGUCAUGAACGAAGCUGCUGAUGAAAUUGCAACUGGGGCUCAGGUGGUUGAUCUGUUAGUAUCCAUGUGUCGGUCUGCAUUAGAGUCACCUAGGAAAGUUGUCAUUUUUGAGCCAUAUCCUUCUGUAGUUGAUCCAAAUGAUCCUCAGAUGCUGGCCUUUAACCCCAGGAAGAAGAAUUAUGACCGAGUCAUGAAAGCAUUGGACAGUAUCACUUCUAUUAGAGAGAUGACCCAGGCACCUUACUUGGAAAUAAAGAAGCAGAUGGAUAAACAAGACCCGCUUGCACAUCCUCUUCUACAAUGGGUUAUUUCUAGUAAUAGAUCACAUAUUGUGAAGCUACCGGUGAAUAGGCAACUGAAGUUUAUGCACACUCCCCACCAGUUCCUGCUUCUCAGCAGUCCACCAGCCAAAGAAUCCAAUUUCCGAGCUGCUAAAAAUCUCUACGGAAGUACCUUUGCAUUUCAUGGUUCACACAUUGAAAAUUGGCAUUCCAUCCUGAGGAACGGCUUAGUUGUUGCUUCCAAUACGAGGCUGCAGCUCCAUGGUGCAAUGUUUGGAAGUGGAAUCUACCUUAGUCCGUUGUCAAGCAUAUCAUUUGGUUACUCAGGGAUGAAUAAGAAGCAGCAGAAGGUGUCAGCUAAAGAUGAACCAGCUUCAGGCAGUAAGGGCAGUAAUACGUCACAGUCACAGAAGAAAGGACAACAGUCACAAUUUUUGCAAAGCCGUAACUUAAAAUGUAUAGCCUUAUGUGAAGUGAUAACCUCAUCCGAUCUGCACAAACAUGGAGAGAUAUGGGUAGUUCCCAAUACGGAUCAUGUGUGUACAAGAUUUUUCUUUGUUUAUGAAGAUGGUCAAGUGGGUGAUACAAGUAUAAAUACACAGGAACCAAGCAUUCAUAAAGAGAUUCUUCGAGUCAUUGGCAAUCAAACUGCUACUGGUUAAAAGGACCACUCUUAUUUAAUUGAUGUGAUUUGGAAGCCUUCCUCAGUCUCAAAGCUGGAUUUUGAACUGAAGAAGAUGCAAAAAACUAAUUUAUUAUUAUUAUUCUAAGCAAAUUAACCCUUUGAAUACUUACUGUUUUCUUACUUAGUAUUUCUUAUCUCAUCAAAAUACCCGAGAUGGUAUGAAUUAGCAACUGUAGGGGUGCAAAGUCUAUUAAUAUACUACAACUAAUAAUAAUUAAACAGGCAUUUGGGUUGCUCACAAUAAACAGACUUU